UAUGCUCUCUAACCUCUAAAAAAUAAAAUAAACAAAACAGUCAAAGAAAAUAGCUAGUUAUUUAAACUGAUCUAAUUUUAUUUCAAACGGUUUUCACCGGUAUACGCCUAAUUAUGGCUAUUAAUUACGACAUUUUAAAGCAGGAGUAUAAGGAGCUUCUAAGUACUGUCUUACAAACAAACAGUAUUGAUAUUUUAGAACAAAAAAAUAAAACACUGCAAAGAAAUGAUUUAGAUCUAAAAUCUCCUCUUGAUCAAGCCUUCAGAGACUAUGCACUAGAGUUACUUACAGAAGAUGGUAACGUUCAAGUUUUGCAAAACCUUAUUGUUUUGUGUAUUGCUUCAUGCAGAAAAGGAAUGACCACUCCUACAAUUCCUGUUGUAUUACUUGGAGAUAUUUUUGAUGCAGUCACAUUAAAUGUUUGUGAGGAACUUUUCAGUUUUGUUGAAUCCAAUGUUAGUGUCUGGAAAGAGGAAUUGUUUUUUAUAUCCUGCAAGAACAAUUUACUUCGUAUGUGUAAUGAUCUUCUAAGACGUCUAUCACGAUCUAGUGCAACCGUUUUUUGUGGUAGAAUUCUAUUGUUCUUAGCCAAGUUUUUUCCAUUUUCGGAAAGAUCAGGUUUAAAUAUAGUAAGUGAGUUUAAUUUAGAAAAUAUUACUGAAUAUGGAGCUGACACUACCGAAGAAACACCAACAACAGACUCAGAAUCUAAGAAGAAUAUUGUAAUUGAUUACAGUCUCUACUGCAAGUUUUGGUCAUUGCAAGAUUUCUUUAGAAAUCCUAAUCAAUGUUAUAACAAAGUUCAGUGGAAAGUUUUUACAUCGCAUACUACAAAUAUUCUAAAUACUUUUCAAGGUUUGAAAUUGGAUUAUGUUAGUAAAAAUAUUGACUGGACUGAUAAAAAUAAUGAAAGUACUCCAUACUUUUCCAAAUACUUAACAAACCAAAAACUUUUAGAUCUUCAAAUAUAUGAUGUAAAUUUUAGAAGAUUUGUAUUACUGCAGUUUUUAAUACUAUUUCAGUACUUAACAUCAAAUGUAAAAUUCAAAACCGAUUCAUUCGAACUAAAGGCUGAUCAGAAAGAAUGGAUACAAAAUAUUAUCGAGAAGGUUUACUCCCUUCUACGAGAAACCCCUCCUGACGGUACCAAAUUCGCCGAAAUUGUUAAAAAUAUUUUACAUCGUGAAGAACACUGGAAUACAUGGAAAAAUGACGGCUGUCCAGAAUUUAAAAAAGGUCUUCAAGCAAACCAAGAACUUACUGCGGAGAAAAGACGAACAAUUAUCGAAAGACCAAAAUUAGGCGACAUUAUUCGUGAUGCAAAUAACGAUGGCAAAUAUUACCUUGGGACUCCAGAAUUAACAAAGCUGUGGAAUCUUUGUCCUGAUAAUUUGGAGGCGUGCAAAGGCAAAGAUCGCGACUUCUUGCCGUCUCUUGAAACCUACUUUUCCGAUGCUAUUGAUCAAUUAGAAUCACCGACACCAAUUAAGGACGAAGAUAAACUGCUUAAGGACGGCAACUUCGGAUGGAGAGCAUUAAGACUGUUAGCUAGACGAAGUCCACAUUUCUUCACAUACACGAACAAUCCAAUGAACCAAUUACCAGAUUAUCUGGAGAUGAUGGUUAGAAAAAUUGCCACAGAACGUCCUGGCCGUGUCCAAGAGCAUUCCGAACAAAUGGAUACAGAAAUGGAAGAAGUUUUAUUUAAAGCUGGCGAAGAAGAGAACACAAACGUUGAAAUGAGACACGAAGACAGUGAAUUUCAAGAUGAUCACAACAUCCAUCCACCUAUUACCAGUGUUACAUCGUUGCAGUUGGAUUUGUUUAGUAGAUUAAUUUCCCCGAAUUGGAAGAAAUUGGCUGCAAAACUUGGCUACAAUGCCGACGAAAUAAAAUUUUUCGAAGAUGAAAAUCCCACUCCUGAAGCUCAAGCAAAGAACAUGUUGCAUUUAUGGUUUGAAGAAAACCAAGACGACACAUUGGACAACUUGGCAUAUAUUUUAGAAGGUCUUGGAAUGACUGAAGCAGCCGAAGCUGUAAAAAGUGAAAUCGGUAGUAAUGAAUCAUAAUUAUUAUGAUAGUGUUAAAUACUAAAUGUAAAAUCAAUAAAGAAAAUCUUAAUACCUA